UGUGUGUCAUUCUUGUGGUUAAACUCAAACUUCUCUGUCAACUCCCUUACUGGAUAUCUUCUAUAAGGCUUUCUUUUUGCCUUCUCCAGUCACCCUUGAAACCAUCCUAGCCAACAUCUUGUUUGCUCUGAUCCUUCCCAGUCUUGGGGAAGGCAAAAAGCUCAUCUCGCUCAGAUCCUUUUUCCCAGCAAUAGUCAGUGUUCCUGUACUUCUGGUGGUGCUUCUACUUCUCAGUGUUCCUCAUAUCUCAUUUUCAACAUCCUUUGCUACUCCCUUGUGAUGAUAGCCUUGAACAGUUAUCUUACAUUAGGCCUGUGAAUGCCAAAUGCCCUUGUUUACUUGAAGCAUAUUCAGUCACGUAAUUUUCAGUUACCAUGUGUUUUAGGGUAUGAGGAUACCUCCUCCUCAAAUUUGGUAUUACUCCAUUUUUUUCUUGGGCACUUUUUUUUUUUUCUUUUAAUUCCUGAGGAUUCUUUCCUUGGAAGUUCAUUCAUUAUGUUUCUUCCCUGUUCCCACUCACAAAUCGGUUAUGCUUUAAAAUGUUGCUAGAACUCUGACUGGUACCAGUGUCUUUUGAAUUUCCUCAUUGAGGGUAUUUGCAUUUUUUUCUUCCCUUCUCUUUUAGUCCUGCAUCUUUUCUGUUGUCUACUUUGAUUAUUUUUCUUCAAAGAACUUGCUUUACCUGAACUGGUCUCUCUCUUCUCUAAACUCUUUGUCAUCAAGGUACAAUAUGUGUUCUUUUUGGCCAGCUCAAGAGUAAGCUUGAGGACAGGGCAUGGACUUCACACUUCUUAGCUUUACUGUCACAUAUCAUUGGGUCUUACGUAUAAUAAGUUUUUGAUAAAUGUUUAAAUAUAAUGGUAUUGAGUUUUAAGGAUUUUAUCUCUGGACUGCCUAGAGAAUCUUCAGUAAUUUAUGUUUAUAGCUUCUCUUUUGUGAAAUCUCUGCAAAUAAUGAAAAUUAUUAUCUUUCAAGUAUUAUUUUGGAUAUAUUACUUUUAUUCUUAAAGGACUCUAUAAUGACUCCUAAUUGAUUGUUCAUAUUUUUAACUUUUUAUCGUGAAUGUUUCCAAACAUACACAAAUAAAUUCAAUCAGCCUCUGAUGCCACAACCAUUAACAUUUCAGCAUACUUGUUUCACCUGUCUGCCUUUUUGCUGAGUAUGUUAAAGCCCAUCCAAGAUGUUAUUUCACCUCUAAAUAAUUUAAUACAUGCCCAAAAUGACAUUUUCUUAGAUAGCUGCAACGUCAUCAUCCAUAUUGUUUAAAACAAACCUAAUAACAAUUCCUUAGUAGCCUGUGUAAUGCUUAGUCCAUGUUCACAUUUCCUCAAUUGACUAAAAAAAAAAAAAUUUUAUGGUUGGUUCUUUUGAAACAGGAUCCACUCAUUGUAUUUGGUUAUGUCCCUAAAGUUUCUUUCAAUUUCAUUUUAAUCUAUGACAGUCUGCUCCCUCUCUCUUUUUUUUUUUUAACCUCUAGAAUUUGGCUCAUUACUUGCUUCCUCCUCAUGUUUAGCUUGUUCCUUUAUCCUCUGUAUUUUACAUGGACUGAAAGUUAGAUCUAUGUGCUUAAUUAGGUUCAGAUUAUAUUUUUUUGGAGGAGGGGCAUGAGUACUUGCUGUCACUUCAUAUUACAUCAAGAGGCACAUAGUGUCUGGUAAUUUCACUUAAAGUGUUGCUGAGAUUCAUCAGUGGGUUCAGGUGGAAUAGCCUGAUCCCUUCAUGAAGCCCAGCUUUUCAUCUGUGGUUUUACCAUCCAUUGAUUACCAUUGCAAAAAUUAGUUAUUUAAUUAAAGGAUGCAAAAUUGUGAUUGUUCUGUUUUGUUCAGUUCUACAGUUAUUAGCUGAAUUUUUCUAUAUGGAUGAACUUUUUCCUCAUCCACUAGGACUAUUUAGUUGUCCUGCAAUAUCUAGUCAGUUCUUGAGUUGCUAAAAUCCCCAGUUGGGGACUUAAGAUUCUACUUUCUCCUUUAACUGAAAACUCUUUCUGUCAUUUCACUAGAUUUAUGACAAAGUAUUUUUCUUCCUUCUUGAGGAAGCUGGAGUUAUUCCUGAAUGGUGGGUUGAUGAUUUUGUGGGUUGGAUUUGGGGGUUAUGGGUAGGGUCUCCCAGUCCUGAGUGAGCAGUUCUAAAUAAGCUGAGAAGGCAUAGGGCAGCGAAAAUGGCAGAAAAUAAUGAAUAUAGCCCCUUCACUGUUGGGAGCUUGCAGUGAGGGUGUGGUUCGCUUGGGGUGUGGGAGUUUAAAUAGUUCUACUUUACUAGAGAAUAAAUCAAACUCAGUAUGGCACCAUUAAAAUUUUAAAGAACUAUGGCCCCUAAAGGGCCUCAGUACAGUUUUGUAAUCAAACUCAUUAAAUUUUAAUGACUAGCAAGUACAUCAUGAGAAGCUGUGGGGACCCCUAAUGACUUGCCAGAGAUGCAGCUGAAUGUCCUUCUGCUGGCUGUAUCUGAGGCCACAAACCUCCCUAGAUGUAACUGAAGGCUGGAGCAGGGUUGCUCAGGCAGUCAGGAGAACUCUGCCUUAGUAUUGAUUGAACAUAAACUUCACUCACUGAAAUUUCAGGUAGUAAACGUGUGCGAAUGGCUGCGUGCUUUCUCAUGACCCUUUAUUCGUACUAUCGUUUGCUCAUGCUUGCUUUUUUAAACCUUUCAGAGUUUGCAUCUUACCUCUUUGGUCUUUCAUUUUUUAGGAGAAUAAUCAUUUUAGGACAGUAUCUUUAGCCUGUUCUUCAAGUUUUUUACCAUGAAUUAUAGUGGACAAGGUAUCUUAGUUGAAAUUUCACCAAUUAAAAACUUGGAGCUACCAGUGUGUUUUUCUUACCUGGAGGGCAUGGACCAUUUGUAUCUCCAAGAUUCCAGACUACUGAAAAGAAGGUGCUUUCAGAGCUGAAGAUGAGAAUAAGACUCCUGUGCCAGGCCUCAUAAACCAUCUUGAGAAAAUGACGGCGGUGUUGGAAGAUCAUUGCUAUUGGAAGGCCAGUUAACAUCUAUUCCCUAAGAGAAACUUGAUCACCAUUUACUCUGGCAUGGCGCAAAGCAGUCCACAACUUGAUGUUCAGGUUCUCCAUGAUCUCCGACAGCGUUUCCCUGAGAUUCCAGAGGGUGUGGUGUCUCAGUGCAUGUUACAGAAUAACAACAAUCUUGAAGCCUGUUGCCGAGCCCUUUCCCAGGAGAGUAGCAAAUACUUGUAUAUGGAAUACCAUAGUCCAGAUGACAACAGGAUGAAUAGAAAUCGCCUUUUGCAUAUUAACUUGGGUAUCCAUUCUCCUAGUAGCUACCACCCAGGAGAUGGAGCUCAACUUAAUGGUGGUCGAACACUGGUACAUAGCUCAAGUGAUGGACACAUUGAUCCACAGCAUACAGCAGGUAAACAGCUGAUAUGUUUAGUUCAGGAACCACACUCAGCUCCUGCUGUUGUGGCUGCUACUCCCAACUACAAUCCAUUUUUUAUGAAUGAACAGAACAGAAGUGCAGCUACUCCUCCUUCACAACCACCUCAACAGCCAUCUUCCAUGCAAACAGGAAUGAAUCCAUCAGCUAUGCAAGGGCCUUCACCACCACCGCCGCCACCUCCUUCAUACAUGCACAUACCUCGGUAUAGUACAAACCCAAUUACUGUUACGGUAUCCCAAAACCUCCCUUCUGGACAGACUGUACCAAGAGCUUUACAAAUUCUUCCACAAGUUCCAAGCAAUCUCUAUGGGUCUCCUGGUUCUAUUUAUAUUAGACAGACAUCUCAGAGUUCAUCGGGAAGACAAACUCCUCAGAGUACGCCAUGGCAGUCUUCACCACAGGGUCCAGUGCCUCAUUAUAGUCAACGUCCUUUACCUGUUUAUCCACAUCAACAGAACUAUCAACCUUCUCAGUAUUCUCCCAAACAACAACAAAUCCCUCAAUCUGCUUAUCAUUCGCCACCUCCUUCUCAAUGUCCUUCACCCUUCAGCUCUCCACAGCAUCAAGUACAGCCUUCCCAAUUGGGCCACCCAAGUUCCCACAUCUUUAUGCCACCUAGUCCUUCAACUACUCCACCCCAUCCAUAUCAACAAGGACCUCCUAGCUAUCAGAAACAGGGAAGCCAUUCAGUAGCCUAUCUCCCAUACACAGCAUCUAGCUUACCCAAAGGUUCCAUGAAGAAAAUAGAAAUUACAGUUGAACCCUCCCAAAGACCUGGAACAGCAAUUAAUAGGAGUCCUUCACCCAUCAGUAACCAACCAUCUCCACGGAAUCAGCACUCACUGUACACAGCCACCACGCCACCUUCAAGUUCUCCUUCAAGAGGGAUAUCUAGUCAACCAAAACCUCCAUUUAGUGUUAAUCCUGUGUAUAUCACAUACACACAGCCAACUGGACCUUCGUGCGCUCCAUCGCCAUCUCCUCGGGUGAUACCAAACCCAACUACAGUUUUUAAAAUUACUGUAGGCCGAGCAGCGACUGAAAAUCUUUUAAAUUUAGUGGACCAAGAAGAGCGCUCUGCAGCACCAGAACCUAUUCAGCCCAUUUCAGUGAUACCAGGCUCUGGGGGAGAAAAGGGAAGCCAUAAAUAUCAGAGGAGUUGUAGUUCUGGAUCAGAUGACUAUGCCUACACACAAGCCUUGCUGUUACAUCAGCGAGCAAGGAUGGAGAGGUUAGCAAAACAAUUGAAACUUGAGAAAGAGGAACUAGAGCGGUUGAAGGCUGAAGUUAACAGUAUGGAGCAUGACCUGAUGCAGAGACGGCUCAGAAGAGUCAGCUGCAACACUGCGAUCCCAACGCCUGAGGAAAUGACAAGAUUGAGAAGCAUGAACAGACAACUCCAGAUAAAUGUUGACUGUACACUGAAAGAAGUUGACCUCCUUCAAUCUAGAGGAAACUUUGAUCCAAAAGCCAUGAAUAAUUUUUAUGACAACAUAGAACCCGGCCCAGUUGUACCACCCAAGCCUUCUAAAAAAGAUUCCUCCGAUCCCUGCACAAUUGAGAGAAAAGCCCGAAGAAUUAGUGUGACCUCCAAAGUACAGGCAGACGUCCAUGACACCCAGGCAACAGCUGCAGAUGAGCAUCUAACUGGCUCCAAGCCGAGUCCUCGGACACAACCACGAGAUGAAGACUAUGAAGGGGCGCCCUGGAAUUGUGAUAGCUGCACCUUUCUGAACCACCCUGCACUAAAUCGCUGUGAGCAGUGUGAGAUGCCACGGUACACUUGAAUUCAGAAGAGUCCACACCAGGUUGCGAGUGACUUUUUGAGUACCCAUCCUAAGAAAAGGAAGCUUCGGGAAUCUACUCAUCGGCCCAGCCUUUUCAUUUCAGAUUACACAGGGGGAGGAAGAAUGACACUGUAUCCACUUGUGCUCACUAAAGGAAAAAUGGGGAUUUUUUUUUUUCUUCCCUUUCUUAACUCAUUGCAUAGUGAGAGAUAGAAAGGGAUACUUGAAACCGGGAAAGGAUUCACUCCUGAAAGAAUGUACACAGAUAAGUCAAGAGCUCUUCUGUGGAAUCCCUAUUGUUAGAGUUACUGCUGAGUGACCCUUAUUUUUUAAACUAGAACUUUCAAUCAUGGUGUAAAAUGUUACAGUUUAUGCAGACAAACUGUGAAUUGCCAGGGCAGACUCUUCUGGUCACAGCUCUCUGGAAAACAAAGGCUCCCUCCCCAUGCUUCUUCCAUUUGCUUCCUGCUAAAGAGGAAGACAGGAGAAAGCACCCAGAAUAUGAUUAUUUUUUUUUUGAGAGGGGGUAAAAUAAUAAGGGUAUUGUAAUUGCUGCUUUUUUCAGGGGUAAUUUCAAACACACGUACAUACACACAAAUGAGAUGUUCGAAAAUGUGAUUUGUAGCUGUUGGGAAUUAGGCAUUUCAUGCCCUUUGUUCUAAAGUACAAUCAGGUGGUAAGAUCCCUUUUGCUUGUACAAUGAUUCAUCAAACUGUAUCAACACUGGUAACUAAGUCCGAAUUAUGCCACAUAACAGAUAUGUUUUUUAAGUUACUGCAUGCUUUGACGAGGCCAUUGGUUUUAAAAUAAGCGAGCAAGUCCCUAUAAAGUAUGAUUUUUUAUAAAUGACAUUCUUGUAAAACUGCGCUUUGCUAAUAGCACAGUGAAUCUGUGCCAAAUGUAAACCCAUUCCAAAAUCCAUUUGGAAAUCUGGAGCUCUGCUGUGGUUCUAUAAGACAUGUUUGCAGGCCAUAGGGCUUUUCUUUUUUCCUCCUUCCAAUUUUUUGCAGAAUUCAUAAUGUUUACAGCACAGAUAAUACUUUGUGCCAUAAUCCUAAUUUAGUGGAAAAAUGAUCAAUAUUAGCUGUUCAAUAAAGAUUUAUUUGCAAGUAUGUUAAUAUACCAGUGUGAGGGAAAUUACAGUUGGCCAAUAAUGAUAAAGUUGCAUACUGCCUUAUUUGGGGAGGAAGACAAGGCUAGUCAAGAAAUGUUAUUGAGGAAGAUAAGUACAGAGUACUUGAAACUAAGAACUUUUUAAAUUGAGCAUACUGUAUUCAGAGAUAAUACUGAGUUUGUUCAGGUAGUUCAGAUAAUAGUAAAGCACCCCUUAUUUAUGAAACCAGAACUUUAGGGUGUGGAUAACUGAACAGAUAUAAAAUCAUGUGGCUCACGAGGGUACAUCACUAGAAAAUGAAUACUAGCACAUUUAAUUAAGGUCUCUACCAUUGUUGGAUUUCCUUCCUAGCCCAGAAUUGGAUUUUGGAAUCUCCCCUCAUUUUGGUGAAUAUAAACAGCAAUAAAGGAUGGUAGGUUUUCCAAUCCUAAAGGAUUUCACCUGAGGUUAUAACCUUAGGAAUAUUCACUCUCCCAUACCAUGUGCCCCCCUACACACACACAUACACACACACACACACUCUCUCUCUUUCUUCAAGUCAUUGUAUUUUAAUUUAGCAGUAAUCUCUGGCAGACCUGGAAAAACAAGCUGCACUUAACAGCAUAAUGAAACCAAAGGCAUAAUAACUCAUCAUACUUUUCCAUCAAAAACCAUAAUUUCACACUCCACCUACAGCUUUGAAAACAUUUUUUCAUAUGGGGAAAAUUCCCUAAAAUAUAUCCACUCGUCUCACAAAGUAAACAUGGUUAUGUAAUUACACUGAUAAAACAUCUCUCGUACAACAACUGGCAAAACUGUGAAAAUGAUGAGAAAGCAGAUGGGCUUUAACGCUUUGUAACACUGCUAUCUGUUAGUCCUAUAUCUUCAGUAACAGCCUGUCGGUCCUAUUGUUCUGUAAUAUGCCAAUGCCUUUGCCUUUGUAUGGUUUCCUAUCUGUUUAGUGAUGGUCAACCCCACUUGGUUUUAAGUAACAAUAUAGGGAAAAAAUAUAUAUACUGCUUGGUGUUCUAGCUAAAGGUUUACCAGUAUUCAUAGUGAUAUGCUGAAGUGGCAGCAGUUAACUUGGCAGUUGUCAGUUGAGAAUGAAAGUAGCAUGUAUGAAAACUGUUUGAUGCUUUAUUAACACCAUGUAGAUGACUUUAAAACUAGUGCAUGAAAAUACAUCAGGGUUAAUAAGCUGUUAUCAUACAGUAGAUGCAUGGUUUCAGUCCUUUGGUAAUAUACCUAGUCAAUCAUUGUUUUCACCUGCCAGGAAAAAUGAGCAAACAGUCAAUUUGAUAGGUGUGGAGGGUGGGGUAUGAGACAUCAGGGAUGGAUUUUAAGGAAGUUUUGAAUGUGGUAAUUUCUGAUUGUGCACAAAUUUCAUAUGCCAGCCUAGGCUGUGUUCAGUUUGUAAAAUAAGCAAAAUUAUUUGACACUGAUUAAUUGAUAUAUUUAACUAUGUCCCAUAUGUAGACUGCUUCUUGCCACUUUGAACAAGAAUUCACCCAGCUUUCAGGAUGCCUUUUCAAAAGCAUCUCCUAGUCAGAUUGGUAUGUACAGAUAAUUGGCAUAAAAGUGGGAGGAUAAAAAUUGGAUGAUGCCUGGCUGCUGAGGUGCCGAUGUUCUUUUGAUCCGUUGGCACACUUCUUGUUUCUAGUCAGAGUUUUCUCUGAAAAUACAAAUAGUCUGAUAGUAACAUAAGAUCUGACUGUACAUUUUACAUUAGUUCGCUGUUUUGUAAACUGGGUUUUUAGAAAGCACAGUUGCCAUUCUGUUAAAGUACAUUGCCCCUUAAAUUAUGGCAUAGUUCUUCAAAGUUUAAAGUGGGAAUAGAGGAGCCAGAAACUUUCUAAGCAUUGUAAAACGUUUUGAAUUUAUAUUGACCUUGUAUGGGAGAGAGUAGAGGCGGGGGUUUUAAAGAAAUGCCUUGUAAAAAUGUAGUUUUAGAGCAGAUUAAUGAUGGUGGGGAAAGUGUUGCUAAUUUGUUUGUUUAUUUCCCUGAAAGAAAUGGGAAGUGUGAUGAGCAGUUUAAUAAUUUUUUAAGGAGCUGGUCUCAAUUUUAGUACUUUUUAAUUAUUAAAAGAAAUCAAUGUUUCCUUAAAUUUUGUUGUUGUGUUGUCACAGUUAUCUAGGGUUCAUAUCCAAUUUUCUGUGGCAGCUCAAUUUUAUAUAGUAUUUUAAAAGGUAAGUGUAAUGUCUUUUUGACAAUAUAAAUGAAAAGCAAGAAUAUAAGGCAUAGAAACGUUCUCCUUUAAAAAUAUCAAUGAUGUAUCCUGGAAUGUGAAAAUGGCCCUUUAUAGUUAAAAACUGAAUUAUUUUAACAUUGUACCAUUGUUCUGACCUUGAAUGAGUCCAUGUUGCAGUGUGUGUCUGUAUGUCCGUAGAGGAAGAAAAACAAUUGAAAUGUUACUUUAAAAAAUCUGAAUAAAUUGGGCACUGUCUGUGUUGCACCACUACUGUAUCUUUUUGAAAGAAUUAACAGUAUUUUCAUAUUGUAAAAUUUAAUUCUGAUGAUGUUUUCACAUUCACCAAACAUGCAUUUUUUUUUUCAUAUUAUUUGCAUCCCCAAGUAUUUAAUACAAGUAGAUUUUGCAUGGCUUGGGCAAUCAGAGAUUAAUAGAAUGAUGACUCAAUUUUAAUUUCUAAAGCCAUGAAAAGUUGCUUUGAGACUGAACAAUUCUGAAUUUUUAUUUAUAAUGACAUCUAAUGUCUGUGUUUCCCUACUGUAAAAGAAUUGGUCAGUUUCUUCAUUAAAACAGCAAGAACUUAUUAAAUCUUGUAAAUACCAUGUGUCUGUUAGGUCUCUGUGUAUGCUGUGAAUGAAAUUAUUUUGAGAUGAAAUUGUACAAAGGCAUUUAAAAAAGCUAUGCAUGCAUCGUACCUACAAACAGUACAUAUUCAGAGAGUCAAAGAUUCCUGCAAAAUAAAUUAAUAAAACUAAAA